AUGUUUUUUAAGUGUCGUAACUUUUACGUGAAAUUAAUUGUGAUUUUAUUAACAGAAUAUACUUUUGGUCAAAAAUUAGAUCAAUUAACAGAAAAACAACGAUCGCGAAUAAGACCAAUUUCCGAAGAUGCUGAACAUAAAAAUCUGACUAUUUUCGACAAGAAUACUAAAGACUUAUUCAAGAUAAUUCACGGAAGACCAGAAAAUAAAGAUCUGGAGGCUGGAAAUUGCGAAAAUCAAGAGCUAAUUAUGCCUGACUUUCGUGCACCAGGUCGUCGUAUCAGUGACGUUAAAUGCUUGGAAAACUUAUGGAAAAUACGUUUUUACGACGAAGCUCUAAUAAAAAUGGUGUUGUGCGGAAAACCCUACGAUACUAUACAACUUAAUGAACACUUUGGAAGAUAUGAUGCUGCACUUGGAGAAUUUCCUCAUAUGGGCGCUAUUGGUUGGGAAACAACAGACGGUUCGUGGCUAUUCAGGUGUGAAGGAGCAUUGAUCAGCGAAAAAUUCAUGAUAACCGCAGCGCAUUGCUCACGAUUGACUAUCCCUGAUGUGAGGGUCGUCGAUCCUCUGCCGAAAAUUGUCCGAUUUGGAGAACCGAAUAUUUCUGACAAGGAAGCAAUAGAUAAGGCACCCGAGGACGUUUUUAUACAUAGACUUAUAAUCCAUCCUAACCAUCGUUUUUUCGAGAAAUAUUACGAUAUUGCUAUAGUUGAAUUGCAGAAGUCUAUAACUUUUUCAAUCAAAGUUCAUCCCUCAUGUAUUUGGACUGAUCUAUUUCCCGUAGCAGGAGACGCUAAGCUAACUGGAUGGAACGUUAUAAAAUCAAAUAAAACAGUUUCCAAAAAGGAAUACAAUAUUGAUAUGUUCGAUGUUUUUACUCGGCUAAAAUUGAUACAAAUGGCUACUCAACAGGAAACAAAUGGAAAUGAAAGCCUCAAUAGUCCUGUGAUGCAACUUGAGAAAGUCAAUAUUUUAAAUAUAAAGGAAUGCGAAAAAUUGACUCGAAGCAAAAUGGAUAAAAGUUGGAAAGGUUUACUAUUCCAUCAAAUGUGCGCUGAACGUUCGGUGAAUGUCAACAACACUUGCCAAAUGGAUAUUGGCGGCGUAUUACAGGCACCAAUUGACAUUCCAGAAUACACGGAUUGGAAAAUUCAUUACAUUAUUGGUGUGAGGUCUUUCACAUUUGGUUGUAAUCUUUCCAAGACGCUUGAUGUUUAUACAAAAUUGUCAACAUUUGUUGAUUGGAUAGAGAACGUUGUAUGGGGAACGGAAUCUUAA